AUACAUGUAGCUGCUCCCUACUCUUGACUGCUGGCGCGAAAAUGAAAGUAGAAAAAUACAGAGAUGAGUUGACAUGGAAAAGCUGGAUAUAAAUCCACGAAUAAUUGCAGGAAUCAGGAAAGCUAGUCUGAGAACAUUUGAAUCCAUACUGAGUUUGUCCACACCAGACAUUGAAAGAUCUACAAAUCUGAGCUCUGGCGAUGUUCAUGUCCUAAAGACUGCAGUUGCGCAGGCAGUCCCAAAACUCCCUGUUGUUUCAGCAUUAGAUAUUCUGCACCGAGACUGCCCAGAGACUCUUGUAGUAUCCAAACUGACCACAGGAUGUGAUGUCAUCGACAAAGCACUAAGAGGUGGAAUUCUUUCCCAGGGAAUUACAGAAAUAGCUGGGGAAAGUGCCAGUGGUAAAACCCAGCUUUGUCUCCAGAUUAGUCUGACAGUGCAGCUACCCCAGAAACUCGGGGGACUCAAUGGGGGAGCUGCUUACAUUUGUACGGAGGAUAUCUUCCCCAAUAAAAGACUACAUCAAAUGAUUCAGCACUUCACCAGAAAAACAUCAGCUAAGCUGCCAAAACCAAUCAACUUUGGAGACAGAAUAUUUAUAGAACAUGUAUCUGACAUGGAAGACUUGACCAAGUGUAUCAAGAUGAAGCUGCCCCUGCUGUUAAGUAAAGGAGUAAUCAAGCUUGUUGUGGUGGACUCAGUGGCUGCCCUGUUCCGCUGUGAAUACGAGGCUUGGGAGAUGGUGAAGCGGUCCAAACAUCUCACAUCCUUCGCUGCCACUCUUCACCAGCUCAGCCAUCAAUAUGGCAUCCCGAUUGUCUGUGUCAACCAGGUGACCGAUUCUAUGAAGACCAAGGAAACAAGAAAGCAUGUUCCGGCUCUUGGCUUGACUUGGGCAAAUCAAGUGACUUGUCGCAUUAUGUUAUCAAGAACUAACCAUCAAAUCUCUGUGCCAAAGCAGGUUGUUAACAGCUCUGUAAUUGGUGGUUUUCAGACGUGUGUCAGACAUUUUGAAGUGAUUUUCGCUCCACAUUUACCGAUGUUGAAGGUCCCGUUUAUUGUUGACCAGGAAGGUAUUAAAGCACUAACUUAAUG